AUGGAGGGGCGUGAUCGGAAAAAGAAGAGAAUGCAGAGAAGUAAUGGUGGUUUAGAUGGGGGCUGUGACGGUGAAGAUGAAGGUUACGACGAAGAGGAGGGCUGUGUCGGGGCGAUGUCGAGAGGAAGAAGGGGUUAUGGGUUUACGGGUUGUGGGCUUGGGGUAUGGGGUUUAGUUGGUUGGGCUAUGGGUUUAGGUUUGGUUUCGGGCUUGGGCUUGUGGGAAUCGAAACCGAUUGCAAAGGGGAAUCAGGUUCUAAACUCAGAAAUUGAAGGAGCCGCGGAGUUGCUUAGAAAAGCAGAGAGGCCUCUAAUUGUGUUUGGUAAAGGGGUUGCCCAUGCGAGAGCAGAGAAUGAACUGAGGAAGCUAGUGGAAACCACUGGAAUCCCAUUCUUGCCUACGCCAAUGGGAAAAGGCUUGUUGCCAGAUACCCAUGAGCUUGCACCAAGUGCAGCUAGGCUUAAUUGGCUGUUGCACUUUGGAGAGCCUCCCAAGUGGUCUAAGGAUGUGAAAUUUAUACUGGAGGAUAUUUGUAAGGGUGAGAUUGAGCUAAGGAAACCACAUUUGGGUUUGGUCGGAGACGCAAAAAAGGUGUUGGAAUUGAUCAAUAAGGAGAUCAAGGACGACCCCUUUUGUUUGGCGAAGAAUCAUCCGUGGGUGGAAGCGAUUUCCAAGAAAGCAAAGGAGAAUACGCCCAUGAGGAUAAUUAGAGAUGCUAUUUUGGGAGUGAGGAGCCCAGCUCCAAUAUUGGUGGCAGAGGGGCCUAAUACGAUGGAUGUUGGGAGAGCUGUGUUGAUUCAGACAGAGCCUAGGACUAGGUUGGAUGCUGGCACUUGGGGGACAAUGAGGGUUGGGUUGGGUUGGGUUAUUGCAUUGCAGCUGCAGUAG